UCAUUUGACAUUUCGUCUUAUUUUCAAAUUGACAGCUAGUUUGUAAACAAAAUUUCAGUUAAAUAAUUUUUAAAAUAAAUUAUGAAACACUAGAUGUGAAAAAGUUAAGAAAACAUACAUAAAAUGGUAAAUGAAUCAGAAUGUUCUAAGAAAUUUAAAAAGAUUGCCGAUCGAUCUACGGCUUCAGCAAAAAAAGAAAUUCGUAUUGCUAAGGAAUAUAGUAAAUUAUGGACAAACUACUCCGCAAUCAAUGAAAUAGUUGGUGAAAGGACGAACAAUUUAAAUUCACUCAACUUAAUUGUGAGGAAGAAAACGCAAAAAGUUGAAGCUCUCAAAGAGAUUCAAGAAGAACGUGAUGCUGAGUUGAAAAAAGUUCAAGAAGAGAUCGAAGUGUUACAGGAGAAAAAUCAAGAUCUUCACAACAAUCAACCAGGAUCUGACAACAAAAACUCUCCAGUUGAAAAACUACUCCAAAUGAGCCUAAUAAAACUUUGCACCAUGACUCACAUCAGUGACAAAGCACCACACCUUAUUCGAGGAUUCACCGCCAACACACAAAAUUCCAAGAUAUUCCCCUUUGAGAUCGAUCUUGGUCCAAAGACAAAGACUGAAAUCGAAGACACACUUUGGGAAAAUGUACAUCGAUCCAGUGAUCAUGCCAAAGAAUGGGAAGCUUUGUUCAGUUCUUCAUCAGAAUAAAUUUUACGUUAGUUAUAGUUAUAAGAUAAAUUUGAAUAAGUGUGUUUGAAAACACUAAAACUCGUUAAGAGUUAGAGUAUAUAAUUAUAAUUAAACCAACUGUUAAGAAUAUUAGGCAACAAAUAAUUGUUUGAAAGUUUUUCCUACAAUGCAAUUAAUGUUUAGAAUUUAAAGUUUAAGACUCAAUUUUGGAGCUUGAUAGCUUUUGUUCAAGCUUUCAAUAUUUUCUUUUUAAAUCAAUGAUACAGAAAGAAAUAAAAAAUCUCUAUAAUCCAAACUACCUUACCGUUCAACACAAAUUUUAUUGGAUUGUUUUAAGCGAGGGUUCCGUUUUGUCUU